AUGCCUUUUCUCUCUCUCUCUCUCUCUCUCUCUCUCUCUCUCUCUCUCGUGAUGUCUAUCUUUAUUGUACUAAAAAAUUUUAUCGCCUUUCUUGAUUUUUAUAAAAUAUUGAGAUUUGCAUUGACCACAGCUGAAAGUGGAGCUAUGAAAAUGCUUAACACUGCCCAACCUGUUCUUAACAAGUACCAGCCUCAAAUAACAAAGGUUGAUAACUUUGCUUGUGACCAGUUAACAAAGAUUGAAGAGAAAUAUCCUGUAAUUAAGAAAACUCCAAAAGAGAUCGUCAUAGAAGGCAAAGAGAUGUGCAGUAAUUUGGUUCAACCAGCAGUAGAUAAGGUGAACUCUGUUAAGGAAUUUAGCAGUUCAACUUUGAAUUCAGUAAAACAACUGGCCUCACUAGAAAGCAGCAAAGAAUUUAGUAAAAUGCAAAUACAGAAGGCCACGGAAUUUACUCAGAGCCAAUUAACAUGGCUACUGCAAACUGAUUAUGGCCAGCAACUGUUGCAUCAAGUGGAAAACUAUCUGUCCAUGUCAGAGGAGACACUAGAUAAAUAUUUACCUCCAGUUCAAGAUGAGGAAACAGAAGAAUCUUUGCAAGGAGAAAGUAUGGCACAGGUUGGAAAUCAAUCAAAGAAGAUUGCAAAACGUGUCUAUGCUAAAGCCAUUAAAGAUUUGAGAACCCUUCAUACAAAUACCAAAGAAGCUGUGGAGAAACUUUUUGCUUCUGUUAAUUUGAUUGAAACAAUGCAGAAUAAUUAUGAAUCCUCUAAACAAAAGAUUCAAAAUCUUCAUGAAAAAUUGUUAUCAACAUGGAGGGAUGCCAUCCCUGAAGAAGACUUGGCAUGCAAACCUGAAGAGAAAACUGAUAAUCAUUUAGCCAUUUCCAUGAUACAAAAAUUAACACAUCAGGUGAAAGAUACUAUCAACAAGAUCCAUAAAACAAUGCCUGAAACGCCAGCAGUUGUGAAACAGUUAGCUGAAGAAUGUUAUAACUACACAGAAAGUCUUUAUAACUCUGUCAAACAGGCUGAAAGUUUCCAAGAAGUUUCAGCUUUACUGUAUUCUAAGUCAGCAGAAUCUGUACUUGGCCUUCAACAAGUUCUACAAACCCUAAUUGAAACUCCAUUUUCUUAUGUGCAAGAAUUACCAGUUACAGAAGAGUUAGAAAUGGAAUCAAUGACCCUAAAGAAAUCUGAAGAUAGAUUGCCUGAAGAAGGUGCCAUGGAAGAAAAGGGUGCUAAAGAAGAAAAUGGAAGCAAGGAAGAAAGUAGUCCUUCAAUCAAGGAUAAAGAAUCUGUUCAAGCUGCUAGUAAAUGA